AUGUACUAUUUAUUUAGGGUUAUAUAUCACUUAGUACUAAUCCUAACGAUAUGCAUGCCCAUUUUCGUAAAUCAUGGAUUCGCCGGUAAAAUGAAGAUAGUUGAGGCGCCGAAUACAUUUGGGGUGAACAACAAUUUUCUGGCUCAGGGAAACAGACUGCAACCUAAAGUGAUUGCGUCGCCAGUGUCUGGACCUGCUCACCUUGCUCAUUUGGCUGGAAGGUGUUUUAGUCUUACAGAGUCUGUGUAUAGAUAUGAAUUGUGUCCAUUUCACAACAUCACCCAACAUGAACAGUCAUUCCGGUGGAACGCUUACAGUGGAAUUCUGGGGAUCUGGCAUGAAUGGGAAAUAGCAAACAAUACUUUUACAGGCAUGUGGAUGAGAGAUGGAGACACGUGUGGCACUAGAAAUAGAGAAGCAAAGGUAAUUCUUGCCUGCAGCACCCAAAGUAAACUAGCUCAAGUCUCGGAGCCGAGCACUUGCUUGUACUCGCUUACAUUUGAGACGCCGCUUGUUUGCCACCCACAUUCUCUUUUAGUCUACCCCACGUUAAAUGAGAAACUCCAAAAGGAUUGGGACGAAGCAGAGCAGGCUCGCUACGAAGGUCUUAUCACUGAGCAAGGAUAUAAUAAUCUUCUCAAGGAUGUCUUCGAAGAUGCCGGCUUCCUGAAGAGUCAAAAAGUGAACGAGAAACUGUCCAAAGUUGCAUUGGAAGCACACGAUUCUUUACAGAAAUGUAAUGAGGACGUCCAAAAACAGCAAGAAGAGAUUGCGAGAUUACAAGCACUGCUCACACUUCAUAAUAUUCCUUUUGAUACAAAACCAGAUACGACAAAAGGUGCCAGAACAGCAACGGGGGUGCAACAUUUACGCGGGGACGUCGGGCUUUUUGAGGUGGUCGAUCAGAACUGA